AAUGAAGUCCAUCGUUGCUAUAACGGCACUCGUUGCAUUAUGCUCGGGUCAUACCAUUCGUGAUAUCCCGGUAGACAAUAGUCACUACGUGGAGGGAGUGAGCCGCUACAUGUGGAUGCCUGAUGCUGAAGGAAACCCCGUACUGGUUGACCUUGAUGAGCCAGUAAAUGAAGAAGUGCUGGAAGCCACCAGGAAUGGAGCUAACAACCAAUAUUGGCUUUUCACUCGGAAUAACCGCGCCAAUGCUCAAGUUAUAACCCACAAUAAUGUCAACUCUAUUCGGAACUCUAACUACAAUGGCAACCGACCCUUGAAAGUUAUCGUCCACGGAUUGAAUAACAACGGCAACACCGAAAUGAAUCCUCUCAUCACACGGGCCUUCCUUGACGUCAUGGAUUGUAAUGUUAUUGUAGUCGAUUGGAGGGCUGCCGCUAACUCAGGCUACAACACAGCUUUUAAUGCAGUCCCCAGUGUAGGACAACACAUCGGAGACUUCCUCAACUGGCUAAUUAGAAAUGGUGGCGGUAAUUGGAAUCAAGUGCAUCUAGUUGGGUUCAGUCUCGGUGCUCAUGCUGUCGGCAUCGCUGGACGUAGAGUUGGAAAUCAACCAGCCCGUAUUACAGGUUUAGAUCCAGCCAGCGUUGGAUGGCAUAAUAACGCAAACAGAUUAACUUCUGCUAAUGGCCGUUACGUAGAAGCUAUUCACACAGACGGUCACGGUUUUGGUAUAAUGAAUCCCAGCGGACACGCCGACUUCUACCCUAACGGUGGUAAAAACCCUCAGCCUGGUUGUUGGACUAGUUUCUGCUCUCAUGGUCGUGCCACGGAGCUAUUCGCCGCCACUGUCCGUCACAACCAUUUGGUAGGCAAACAGUGUCCAAACAUCUGGGAGGCUGAACUCGGAACAUGCAAUGGAGCAACCUUACACAUGGGUAACGCAAACUUAAACAAGCGUGGCAAUCCUGUUCCAAAUAUUCCAAGAAACAACAGCCACUAUGUAGAGGGAGUUACCCGAUACGUGUGGAUGCCUGAUGCUGAAGGCAACUCCAUAUUAGUUGACCUUGAAGAGCCAGUCAACGAGGAACUACUAGAAGCUACUAGGAAUGGAGCUAACAAUCAAUAUUGGCUUUACACCAGUCGUAAUCCAUCGAACCCACAAGUCAUAGUUCAUGGUAACGCCAACACAAUUUGGAGCUCUAACUACAAUGGUGCACGACCACUGAAUGUUAUCGUUCACGGAUGGAACAAUUACGGGGGUACUGAAAUGAACCCAUUCAUCACCUCCGCCUUCUUAGCAGUCCAAGAUUGCAACGUCAUCGUUGUAGACUGGCGUGCCCUCGCUAACGGUCCAUACACCACCGCCGUUGCUGGGGUGCCCAAUGUAGGAGUACACCUCGGAAACUUUGUUACCUGGCUCAUCAACACUGCCGGUGGUAACUGGAACCAGGUCCACUUUGUUGGAUUCAGUUUAGGCGCUCACGUUGUCGGAAACGCUGGACGACAGACGGGCAAUCGUCCUGCCCGUAUCACGGGAUUAGAUCCUGCGGGCUAUCUAUGGCAUUCUAACAGCAACAGGUUAAGCUCAAGCAACGGUCAAUACGUGGAAGCAAUCCAUACCGAUGGUAACUUCUUAGGCAUUAUGAACCCGAGUGGUAACGCUGACUUCUAUCCUAACGGUGGAAAGCACUGGCAGCCAGGCUGCGAAUUCAAAGGCAACGCAUGUUCUCACGGUCGUGCGACGGAACUCUUCGCAGCCACUGUUCGUCACAACCAUUUGAUUGGAAGACAAUGUCCUAACAUUUGGGAAGCCGAGCUUGGCACUUGCAGUGGAGCCAGUUUGCACAUGGGCAACAGCAUUUUUACAAAACGAGGGUAA